AUGUUAGCACCACCAAUAGUUGGAAUUGAGUCUACUGUUAAUUAUGAUGUAGGAAAUGAAUCAUUUAGGUGUUCAUCUGAUAUUGAACAUAACAAAGUUUCAAUAAUUGGAGCCCUUGUAUUUGAUGGCUCAGCUAGAAAUGAUAUCUCGACUAAAGGAAGCAUGUCUGAGAUUUCAUUAAGCAAUCGUACAUCCAACCAGAGUCUAGCAUCAGUUCAGUUCGCUUCUAAACAUUAUGAAUUAUCAGAAGCCGAGCAAAAAAAUUCUGAUGAUAUAGAUGAAGGUAAAGUUGCCAUUGUGUCGAUGAAGAAGUUAUCAUUUACCGAGUGCGCAAAUUUAGUAUUAGACGGCCGAUCUACCAAAGAAAAUAAUAAAGAUACCGAUGAUUAUAAUGAGUUAUAUGAUAAUGAAGGAAACAAAAUAGACAUAGAAGUGAUUGACGAAGAAGUUACUGAUAAUAAUUUCGGUGGGACGGCGUUAAUGACACCUAGGACAACGAGAACCCCAAAUGAUUGGGCUUGA